GAUUUUGAAUUUCUAUGGCUGAGCAGCCUAGAGAAGAAAGAAAAAAUGUAUCAGAAGAUGAAACACCAUCAAGUGAAAACAUUACAUGUAUGAGUAGAGCUAUUAAUAGUAUGAACGGAGCAAGUAGAGAUGGUACAAGUAUGGGUGGAGAUGGUACUAGUAUGGGUGGAGAUGGUACUAGUAUGGGUGGAGAAGGUACUAGUAUGGGUGGAGAUGGUAGUAGUAUGGGUGGAGAUGGUACUAGUAUGGGUGGAGACGGUACUAGCAUGGGUGGAGAUGGUAUUAGUAUGGAUGGAGAAGUUACUAGUAUGGAUGGAGAAGAAACUAGUAUGGGUAAAGAAGGUACUAAUAUUGGUGGAGAAGAUACUAGUAUGGGUGAAGAAGGUACUAGUAUGGAUGGAGAAGAUACUAGUAUCGGUAGAGAUGGUACUAGUAUGGGUGGAGAUGGCACUAGUAUGGAUGGAGAAGGUCCUAGUAUUGGUGGAGAUGGUACUAGUAUGGGUGGAGAAGGUACUGGUACUGGUGGAGAAGACACUUGUAUUGGUGGAGAAGGAACGAGUGUGGGUGGAGAAGGUACUAGUAUGGAUGGAGAAGGUACCAGUAUCUGUGCUGUAUGCAAAGAGGCCAUUGAUAAACCUAGAGUUCAUUAUGGCGGAGUCUGCUGCUAUAGCUGUAGAGCAUUUUUCAGACGAGCCACAAAGCGUGGAAUGGAUACUUACUGUGUGCUUGGAGGCAACUGUAAUAUUAAACUUGAAGAGAGAAAACAGUGUAAUGCUUGCAG